ACUCUCACUCUCUCUUUCCCUCAUUCUUUUAGCAACAUACGCGUAUACACACGCCCAAAGACAAAUACAACGUACAAUAACCACCAACUUUUCUUGCAAAAUCUCCCAAAAUCCACCGGAUUUCAAGCUCAUCCAUCUCCCUCAAGUCAAUCUGAGAGCAGAAAUUGAUCUUGUCAACUCGUUAUCUCAGUCGCUGCCCAAAACUAGAUAAAAUGACUCUACGAAAGAGAAGCAUUAAUUCAAGAAUUAUUCCUCAAAAAGCUAGAAGAAUCCGUACACAAGCCCAAAGAGAAAAAGAAGUAGAAGCAGCAACAUCUUCUAAUAAACUGGCACCACUUGCUGAUCAUGCCACGAUGACAGAUAGCCUUAAGAAUGCCUUGGAAAUAAGCCGCUCAUGUAACGCAUUAUCCUUAAUCUUUUUGAAAAAUUCGAGUUCGAAAUAUCAAUUAGGGGGUCAAAACCUGCUGGAAAAUGGUCUUGGUGGAUUUUUAGGACCCGUAGAACGGAAGAAAGAUAUUUGAAGAAUCCACAAAAUAGUGUGGUCCGCGACAGGACUGCAUCGCGGACCUGGGGACAGUUUUGCGGCUAAGUGGUCAGCGAUGGGACUGCGUCGCAGACCUGGAAAGGUUUCCUGGUUGAAUUUAGUUUAUAGGGCGUUUUAGACGUUUCUCAAAUUAUUAGUUAAUGAACCUAGACAUUUUUAGGACCUAAUUCAACUCUAUAAAUUAACCUAAACUUCUAAUUCUGUUCAUUCUUCUACAAUUCAUCUAUCAAAUAUUUCUCUCUCUACAAAAAGGCUCUCAAGGGUUUUUAUUGAAGACUUCAAGCAAAUUCACUCAAUUUCUCCAUCAAAAUUAUCAAGUUAUUCCAAAUUAAUUGGUGUUCUCACUCAAGGGGUUGAGGUUGAAGAUCCUAAUCAUCCACGUAGCUAGUAGGCGAACCUAUUCGAAGGUGUUGUGAAAAAUGGCUCCAAGAAGACCACCAUUUCCAAGGAGAGAGAAUGUUAAUGACGCCCAAGCUCCCCCGACUCCUCAAGACAAUGGUCCUCUAUCGGACCAAGUGACUAAUGCGGAGUUCCGCACCGCUAUCACUAUGCUAUCCAAAGUGGUGACCAACCAAGGUAUCGUGGCUUCUCCUAAUGUUCCCACUCCAGCCUCAAGAGUAAGGGACUUUACACGAAUGAAUCCCCCGGAGUUUCAUGGUUCAAAGGUUGAUGAGGAUCCUCAAGAGUUCAUUGAUGAGGUCUACAAGAUAGUGAGUAUUAUGGGGGUGACUUUGGAAGAAAAAGCGGAGUUGGCGGUUUACCAACUCAAAUGUGUUGCUCAACUAUGGUACACUCAAUGGAAGUCGGAGAAGGUGGAUGAAGGUCCCGUUGAAUGGAAAGCUUUCAAACUUACUUUCCUUGAUCACUUUUUCCCUCUUGAGUUAAGGGAGGCUAAAGUGUUGGAGUUCAUAAAUCUUCGACAAGGCAAUAUGGGGAUGAGGGACUAUGCCCUCAAGUUUACUAUGCUAUCCCAGUAUGCUCCUUCAAUGGUUGCUGAUCCACGUGCCCAAAUGAGUAAAUUCAUAUUGGGGGUGUCCGACUUGGUAUCUAAGGAAUGUCGCACCACUAUGCUUGUCAAGGAGAUGAACAUAUCUCGGCUAUUGACUUUUGCCAAACAAAUUAAAGGAGAAAAGCUCAAACAAAUAAGGAUGAGGGAUUCUAAGAGGGCCCGAUAUGAAGGUGGGUUCUCUAAUGCUAGGACCGUUGGUAGUAGUGGACGCUCUCAUCAAGGCCAAAGCUCGAGGAAGAAGUUUGCUAAGGAUAGGGUGCCAUACCCUAAAGCUCAAGGUGAAAGAGGUGUAAAUACUAGUAACCCUUCUCCUCUAAAAUGUGCAAAAUGUGGAAGGAAUCAUGGAGGAAAGUGCUUGAUCGGAAUGGGUGCUUGCUAUGGGUGUGGAAAGAUAGGCCAUAAGCGAUCCGAGUGCCCUCUUGUAGACAACAAGGUUGGAUAUGGUCGUCCUAUAUGAGGCCAAGUGCAACAAGGUUCCCAAGCUCAACCUAAGGGUGGCCAACGCAACAACCGCUUCUAUGCUCUUCAUGCUAGGCAAGAGGUUGAUGAGUCUCCCGAUGUGGUCACGGGGGUUGAGGUUGAAGAUCCUAAUCGUCCACAUAACUAGUAAGUGUUCCUAUUCGAAGGUGUUGUGGUGAGUCCUCAUUGACCAAAGACUAGUUUCAAGUUACUUACUGCUUUCUUGUCAAAUGACUUUUGCUUAUGUUGUGUAUUAAGGGUGAGCUAAGGACAUGUCUUAUCCCCCAUCCAUACUCAUGUGUAGAAGCAUCUAGCUGGACAUAUAUUUGAGUCUAUCUUGUCAUAAGACUUUUUUAGAUUUCUAUUCAUGUUUUAGACUCUCUUAUGA